CAACGUCGUCGUCGCGUCGUCGUUGUUAUUUCUCGCUGCUUGAUUGAUAUUGAUACAUAUGAUCGCCCGUCGCCGCCGCCACUGAUCCAAUCGGAACUACCUAAAUACAAAUUGAUUGAUCAAAUCGAAUUAUUCGCUUCAUAAAAUAAAAAGCGAACAUAAAAAAGUACUUUUCCCUAAAAGCUAAAAGCUAUACCUGCCUUAGCUAGGUUUUAAUUUGUUUGUGAAGCUAUCGCGGUUUUUUGUGACGGACAGGCCAAACGCGACCGGUUGUUGUCAAAAUAACAAUUCUGACUGCGUAUCUCGCUCUUUCUCUAUUUUUGUUUUAAGAUUAUUUUUGGUGAAUUUAAUUCUCUCCGGACUGAAACUGAGGGAAUUUUUAUGGAUAAAGUAUUGUUUUUUAAUUUUAUUUCGGACCACAGUCAGUAAAGUGCGUGGAAAGCUGUGAUUUUGUUCCAAUUUUGUGAAACAAUUGAGAUUUGAGAAACGCAAAUAGAUUAACUUUUUUAAUUUGUUGUUUUUUUUUCGAAAUUCAAAUAUCAUAAAGCUUGAAUAUAGAACGAUUAUUCUUGGUGGAAGUUCUUUUUCCGGCAAAGAACCUUGAGUAAAAUUUUCGAACUCAGUUCAUUUCGGUUGAGUUUUGUGAUCCGUAUUGUGUAGUUGUGUUUUUAUAGACGAUCUAAAAUCAUCAACAGGAAUACUAAAACUUAAAGUAGAGUGUGAAUAAGCAUUUUACAAAAUGGAUGACGAUUAUUCCUGCGAUACUGGAAAUGAUUAUUCCUGUAGUAACGAUGAUUCCAACAACUAUAGCUACAAUCGUGAACCAACUCCACCUCCUCCAAGAGAUCCAACACCUCCUCCAAGGUAUCCAACACCACCACCCCCAAGAGAUCCAACACCUCCACCAUCACAACCACUGAGGGAUCCAACUCCUCCACCAUUUAGAAAUCCAACACCACCACCGCCCAUUAGUUCAGAUGAAAGAAUAACAAUUGUAGACGAAGAUAAGGUAAAAGAUUCCGACAUUGACUAUGUUGUAAGCUUGAGGAAUGCUAUUUUUAACGAGGAUGAAAAUGCGGGUCAAAAUGGUGGUGAAGAAAACUUUAACAAUGUCGAUGAUUUAGUUGAGACUUGCGAAGAAACGAUAUUCUGUGAUGAUGGAUUUAACGUGGAUUAUGAUUAUGAAGAUGUUGUUGUUGAAGAUGGUGUCAUUCAGAGUAGUUUACCAUCAUCGUCAAGACAUCAUCGUGAUGUUCAAAAUCGAUAUAAUAAAAGGGCUACGAAGAAAUUGGAUUCUUAUACAGAUAGUGUUAAACCAGAUUUAUUCUGCCCCAAUAUGAAAAUCUCAAUGGUCGAUAAAAUAACCGUCUUCCUGGCCGAAUUAAUUUCGACAGGUCUACUUAUUUUCCUCGGAUGUAUGGGCUGUGUUAAGAGUGAUAUCUUCCCGAACAAUCACCUUCAGACGACUUUGAACUUUGGUCUGGUGAUUAUGAUUUUGAUUCAAUGUUUCGGAUGUGUUUCUGGAGCUCACAUGAAUCCAGCUGUUACAUUGGCAGCGGUUAUUUAUAAAUUGAUUACCCCAAUGGUUGGAGUUAUUUAUGUUGUUGGACAGUUUUUGGGUGCAUUUAUUGGAUACGGUUUGUUGAAGGCUUUAGUUCCUGCAAACACAGUUAAGAUCGCUGGUGCCGAACAUGGAUUGUGUGUUACUACACCAACUUCGGAAAUUUCUACUCUUCAAGGACUUGGAAUCGAAUUUGUCCUGACAACGGUGUUGAUCUUUCUCUGCUGUGGUGUGUGGGAUCCAAGGAAUGCUAAGCAUCAUGACUCAGUUGCAAUUAAAUUCGGUUUAGCUGUUGCUUCAUUGGCCUGCACAGGAGGACCCUUCACCGGAGCAAGUAUGAAUCCAGCAAGAUCAUUUGCACCAGCCUUGUGGAAUGCUGAUUUCACAGAUCAUUGGAUUUACUGGGUCGGACCAAUGGCAGCAGCACUUGUCGCUUCGAUUGCAUACAAAGCUGUUUUCAGGAGGGAAGAACCCCUAGAAAAGGAUUCAAAAUUACGUGCAAUGGAAGAAUUGCCAUUGCGUUAAACUCAAUACGUCAAUAAUGUUAAUAAAAUAAUAAACUUUAAAAUAAGUAUGUAAUUUAGCCGUUGUAGAUAAUUGAGAUUUUUAUUGUUAAUUUUUUUUGUUUUCUGUUUUUAAUUCAAAAAAGGACUUGCCAGAAUGCAUUUAAUAAUAAAUUAAUGCAUUAAUGUCAUUUCAAGAAAUACAUAAAUUGUGGAAACAUUUACUUUGUAAACAGAAUUAUAAUUUUAAAAAAAACACGUUCCUUAAAGUGAUUUUAUCAAAAUAAACAAAACAAAAAUUAAAUUAAAUCAAACAAAACAAAACAAAUAAAAGAAAAGGAAUAAAUACAAAAUUUUGUUUAUAAAUUUUAUUUUAUUCUUUUUGUCUCAAGUUAAAUAAAUGUGUAAAUGUAAUAAAAUUAAUUUCUUUUUUUAAA